AAAAAGCAGGGCGUUUUGCAUUGGCGGCGUCGUUUUAUGCUUCCGCAGCCUAUGAAACCUAAAAUGAUCAUUUGCCUUCAGAUAAAAGAGAACCAGAGCUGGAAAACCGUUAAAGAAAGCUUGUCUAGCCAUUGACGGGGAUUAGAUAAGGUUAUUGAUUUACUCGUCCAAGGCCUCCGCUCUUAAUCCAGGUAGAGUAUUCUAUCACUGAACUGCUGUUUCAAUUUCCAAACUCAUCUCUUUAUUUAUAAAGUGAGUGGUAGUUCUUGUAAUUCUAUGUAAGACUGCGCACAAUGAACUCUAACCUGACAAAGAGCCAAGUUUUUCCUAUUGUUAUUAGAUUUUCUUCACAAACCAAAUGUAUCCAACAGUUUCAUACCUCAAAAACCCAAUCUUUACCAAUUGGGUCUUGUCCAAAACCCUCACUAAACCGUUCCUUAAUUUGUACCACCCAUAAAGCUCUCCACUUUCACCAUAAGUCCUUAACAAUUAGCAGUGUGGAAAAACCCAGAAGUAUUUUAAGUGGGUUUAGGAUGAGAAGUGCUAUACAGUGUUGUUUUUUGCUAAGAGCUAGAAGCUCAUGGAGUUUGCAUUCGAAAAGAGUUGGUGAAGAAAGGGAUUUAACUAGAGCAGAAAAAUCUUUACCUUGGUUAUCCUCAGAGAAAGUGAAUGAAAAGAAAGGGUCACAUAAAGUGGAAAUUGAGAAGACUAAUGGUCGUUCUUCUUGGGAGGAAUCGUUGGAUAGAUUGAAGAAAGAGAAUAAUCGUUCCUCUUGGGAGGAAAUACCAAAAAGGUCGGAGGUGACAGUAGGAAAAACUGGACAGUCCUCGUGGGAGGAAUCUGGUGAAUCCUUUUUGGGAAAAAAAGGUGCUCAGUCACUGGAUAUUAAAGAGAGUAGACAAAGGAAGGUAGGCAUGAUGAGGGAUCAUCAUAAUGGUAACCAUGGCAGAAGGGAUGAAAGCAAUGAAGAAAAAGGAGUAAGAGAAGAGGAUGAGGUUGUCCAUGAUCCAAGAUGGGAUAAGAUUAAGAGUAGAUUUAGAGGAAUGGUGGAUGUAGAACUUGGGUCUGAGAAACCAGAGUUUCGAAGAUGGAAUAAACAGGAAAGUUGGGGUAGAAAAACAUGGAAAGAGGCUACUGAAUCAACUUUACCUAAGAUGGUUGGUGAAGGGGUUUAUGGGGUGGGUCCUGUUUUGGCUGCAUUGUCAGCUGGAAGAAGAGAGUUCUAUGCUUUGUAUGUCCAAGAAGGAUUAGAUUUGAGUAGUAAUAAUAGGAAAAAGAAAGAUAAGAAAGGGUUUGAAAAAGUGUUUAGGAUGGCUGAAAUACUUGGGUUAAGUGUAAAAGAAGUUUCAAAGCAUGAUCUCAAUAUGGUUGUUGAUAACCGCCCCCAUCAGGGCUUGGUGCUAGAUGCUUCUUCAUUAGAGAUGGUGAAAAUAAAGGAAUUGGAUCCUGUCUCAAAUGACGAAGAGAAAGGUUCUCUUUGGGUAGCUUUAGAUGAGGUUACUGAUCCUCAGAAUUUGGGGGCAAUAAUUAGGUCAGCUUACUUCUUUGGAGCCUCAGGGGUUGUGCUAUGUGCAAAAAAUUCAGCCCCAUUAAGUGGUGUUGUGAGCAAGGCAAGUGCUGGCUCACUUGAACUAAUGGAGCUUAGAUAUUGCAAGAAUAUGAUGCAGUUUUUAGUUUCAUCAACUGAAAAUGGUUGGCGGGUUCUUGGGGGUUCUGUUUCUUCUAAAGCUGUUCCCUUGAAUGAACUUUUGCCAGGUGUACCAACCAUCCUUGUCUUAGGCAGUGAAGGCACUGGCUUGAGGCCUUUAGUAGAGAGAUCAUGCACUCAGUUAGUUAGGAUUCCUGGAAACAUUCCUGUGGACAUAGCAGCCAGAGAGCUCGAUGAUGCUGAACCUGCAGAAGUAGAUUCUGGGAACUCAGGCGAGGAGUUCCGGUCCUUUUUGGCUGUGGAGAGCUUGAAUGUCAGUGUUGCAGCAGGUGUGUUUCUUCACCACUUAAUUGGAAAGAGCCAUGGUAUUAAUUCUUCUACAGAUGGGAAGCCAACUGAUAUGCAUCAAUGAUAUUCCAUGGCUGAUGCAUUGAGCUUGGUGUCUUGUCAUCUUUCAAUACUUAUUUCUGAAAUUUUAUCACCAUAUGUCGGGCUUUCUCUAGAAAAUGUAGGCUGACAAUUCUGACUUUUAUUCUUUUCAGAAGAAAGAUAUGAGAUAAGAGACUUUAUAUUGGUUUUAUGCAGAAAGAUUCAUUUAGAUCAAAAUUUAUGGAUUUGGAAUCAAAUUUCAAUAGUUGAUUAGUUAGACUGUUCAAUCAUUUUGAUGGUCAUUCUUUAGUUUUCAAUAUACAGUACAGUAAUAAUAUUAGUUAGUCAUAUAAGAGUUGGUAUAAUCUUUUUGUAUGCAAGAAGUUUCACAAAUUUGCUUGGUUCAACAAUUUGUUCUAAUUGGUGGAAAACCAAAAUAUGCGUGAAAAUUAGAACCCUUGUAUGAAUCUGAGAUGCUUGACUCUAGAGUAUCAGUUUUAAGAUGCGAGGCUUGGGCUUUCUCUAAAAACAUUUGCUGGAUCAGAUUUUCUUUGCUUUGUUCAAGUUGCAAUUCCUCAAAUACUAAUGUGUUGCAAUGAAGCUAGCAACUUGUUGCUACCUCUUUUCUUUCUUCUUCACAAAAACGGCGGGACAUAUAUCACCAUCGUUAGCUUUACAGGCAUUGAUGUCUAAGAAACUUGCAAUCCUGCUUAAUAUACUUUUGUAACACUUUUUUGUAACACUUUUUUGUAGGUUUUGCAUUAGUUAUAGGUUUAUAAUUGCUCUUUGUUCUAAAGAGUUCAUGGUAUUUGUAUCCAUGUUGUUCAUACUCUUCGUUUUCCCUAAUGUACUCGGAUUCAACACAUAUCUAACAUCGUAGGUACAAUGGUACAGAGAUUCGAUCCUCCAAAUAUAUAAAAAUGGAAAAUUGCUUUGGGAACAUACUCAAAUCUGACACUCAUUAAGAGUCCCAAGUAACAUAGUAUUAUUGUUGUGCGGCUCCCAAAAAGGAGAUUGCAGCAGCCUCCAUGGGUACCUUUUAUUUGCUACAUCUUCACUCUAUCAAAUCCCUAGAGAAACCCCUUUGGCCAUCACUUUGGAAAUUUUCUGGAAAGAUUGAAUGCAUCCUAAGUUAGACAAAUGGAAAUUACUCUUAUCAAAGCGUAACAUCCAUCCAUUUCCAUUCGAAUAGCUGAAGCAGGAGUUUUUGUUUUUGUUUUUUUUGUUGGAAUGGCAAUAACCACUAUUUUGGCAAGAGACACAGUUUAAAAUUAGGCCCUGGUCGUGGAGGUUGGGUUUCAAUUUCAACCUUGCCACUGGGCCGAAGCCUGUUGCUCGAAGCAGGAAAGGUCUGCUACUAGAUAUACGAAGUUGCUAAGGAGCAAACAAAGUAUUGAAAAAUUGAAAUGCAACAAAGGAUAAAUCGGAUCGUUCAUUCAUCCAUUGAGAUAUCAAUUAUCGUACUACAGGAUUAUUCAAUUGUCAUCACCUCCGUUAUCUGCUGCCGUGAUGAUGACAUUUUCCCACAAAUUGGCUUUUUCAUUCACAGCCUGAAAAUUGAAGAAAACCGUUCUUUUAUUGCUACAUGUGGUUUCACAUGGAAAAUUUGAAUAAAACACCGCAGAGAUCUUUUUCCUGAAGGAACCUACCUAAUCCGUUAACUACACUUGGAAAGCAAUGACAGAUUCCGAAAUUUCCUUGGCAAUUUAACGGUCACUGUGGGUGUGGUUUUGUAGUCUUUUUCAAACUGCUGAAUUGCUUGAAAUAUGAUUUUGAAUUGAUUCUAGUUCAGAUAAUAUCAGUGGCACAAGGUUUUGAUUUCAACCUUUUCUUUACCCACUGGACUCCACAAUGGUGGGGCAAAAGGGUUAGUUUCUCCUUUUUAAAGCUUUUUCUCGCAAUGGGAAAAGACAAUAAAAGAGUAAAUGAGUGGAGUUUGAAUCAAUCAAUCCCAAGAUCCCAAUUCUGGAAGGCACGUGAAAACAUGAUAGAAAUGGGCUUUUGCCCGCUCAACACUUUUUGAGGUCAUGUACAUAAAUUCCAGGACAAGAUUGGGUCGGUUUCCUGAAUCUCCAAAAGGGUCAGUCUUUUUUGUACUUGUGAAUGUCUUUUAUGAAAUGGAAUUCCGUUUAAUUAGUCUCCUCAAUUGGGAUUAUUACAAAGAUGAAUUUGCAGCAUUGAAAAAUGAAGGUUAAGACUUGGUUGAUUGACUGAACAAGGCAAAAGACGUCCCUUUGCUCCAAUGGUUUUCCCAUGGUCCAGUCAGUAUGGAUCGGUCCCCUUCUGUAAUGACUUUCCAGAAACC